UUGCUAAUUUUGUAUUAAAUCUCUCAAGUUUAGCAUUCUUUUGUUUGUUGUUAGUUGUUAGAUAACGAACAUAUUAAGACAGAAAACAUGUCCAAAUUUUCUCAAUGUUUUGGUGUUUGUUGUUUUGAGACAAUUCUAGUGAUUAACGGAAAGAAGGCAGAGAGUUUUGAUUUCUGAGGUUUCCUCUUCUUCUUCCUCUUCUCUGAUGGCUUCUUCCCCUGAAUCAUCUCCUCCGUCAAAUUCAAGCUCUUCUCCAUCUCCACCGUCUAAUUCAAGUUCAACAUCCUCCACUCCACCGUCUCCUCCUUCUCCUACUCAAGGAGACUCAUCAUCUCCACCUCCUGAUUCCAGCUCGCCACCAGCUCCACAAGCUCCUUCUCCUCCCAGUUCUAGCAAUAACUCUCCUCCUUCUCCAGCAUCACAAGGCGGUGGAGGAAAUGGCGGCGGAAAUCAGUCUCCACCGUCACGUGGCUCCCCUCCUUCUAGGGGUGGAGAUAAUAGUGGCAGCAGAUCGUCACCGUCUGGAAACAAUGGGGGAUCUCGCUCGGAUAAUUCUCCUUCUGGUGGAAGUGGUGGAGGAGGCGGAGGAGGAGGAAAUAAUACGAAUACGGCGAUCAUAAUAGGUGUACUAGUUGGAGCUGGACUACUGAUGAUCGUGCUUAUUAUUGUGUGUCUUAGACGCAAAAAGAAGAGAAAAGAUUCCUUCUACCCUGAAUCCAUGAAAGGAAAUCAAUAUCAAUACUAUGGAAACAACAACAACAACAACAACAAUUCUUCACAGAAUUACCCAAAUUGGCAUCUAAAUUCACAAGGCCAAAACCAACAACCUCCUAAUAGUUGGGGGGGCGGUGGACCAUCACUGCCUCCUCCUCAGCAGAUGCCUACAAGUGGAGAUGCUUCCUCCUUGUACUCGGGACCAGCACGCCGGGUUUUACCUCCUCCUCCGCCUACUCUAGCCCUUGGAUUCAACAAAAGCACUUUUACUUACCAAGAGCUCGCAGCUGUAACAGGAGGUUUUGCGGAUUCUAACCUUUUGGGACAGGGAGGUUUCGGCUAUGUCCAUAAAGGGGUGUUAUCUAGUGGUAAAGAAGUCGCAGUUAAGAGCUUAAAAUCGGGUAGCGGUCAAGGAGAAAGAGAGUUUCAAGCUGAGGUUGAUAUCAUUAGUCGUGUGCAUCAUCGAUAUCUUGUUUCUUUGGUUGGCUACUGCAUAGCUGAUGCACAAAGAAUGUUGGUUUAUGAAUUUGUUCCUAAUAAUACUUUGGAGUAUCAUCUUCAUGGGAAGAAUCUUCCAGUAAUGGAUUUCUCCACCAGGAUGCGCAUCGCCUUAGGUGCUGGGAAAGGACUUGCUUACCUUCAUGAAGACUGUCAUCCUCGGAUCAUUCACCGUGACAUCAAGUCUGCAAACAUUCUCCUGGACUUUAACUUUGAUGCAAUGGUGGCUGAUUUCGGAUUAGCUAAGUUAACUUCUGAUAACUAUACUCAUGUAUCUACUCGUGUGAUGGGAACUUUCGGAUAUCUAGCUCCAGAGUAUGCUUCAAGCGGUAAAUUAACAGAGAAAUCAGAUGUUUUCUCGUACGGUGUCAUGUUACUGGAACUAAUCACUGGAAAACGACCGGUUGAUAGUAGCGGCACCAUGGAUGACACUUUAGUGGAUUGGGCUCGUCCUAUCAUGGCUCGUGCACUAGAAGAUGGAAACUUUAAUGAGCUUGCCGAUGCAAGGCUUGAAGGCAACUACAACCCUCAAGAAAUGGCUCGAAUGGUUACUUGUGCUGCUGCUAGUAUUCGCCAUUCUGGACGUAAACGCCCAAAGAUGAGCCAGAUUGUAAGAGCAUUAGAAGGAGAAAUGUCACUAGAUACUCUAAAUGAAAGUGUGAAGCCUGGAAAUAGCAAAGUUUACGGGACAUCAGGAACAAGCACGGAUUAUAGUCAGACAUCAUACAAUGCAGACAUGAAGAAAUUCAGACAUGUAGCUUUGUCGAGCCAAGAGUUCCAAAGCAGUGAAGCUGAAGGAUCAUGUAGCACUGAUUCCCGAGAGACUAAAAGUCCGGCUGCUCCUAAAUGAAAUCUCUCAUGAAGCCACGAGAGAUGAAUCGACUUCCUCAUGGUAAGAUUAAUGAAAGAAAGGAUUCUUGAGGGAUUUUGAGGUUUAAAAAAUAAAGCCAUGCAAGCUAAACAGCAAUGUCAUUGUGACGUUUAGAUUGUUCUUCACGUAUAAGCAAACCCAUGACACUUAUGAAAUUAGUUUAUGACACUAUGGGAUUUCUAAAACUUUAUUCUAAGACUCAGUUACUCC